UAUGUGUACAAAAGGCAGACAAAUUUUUUUAGUACAUAAAUGUAUGCUAAAUUUAGUUCGUACCACAGCAUUUAGAACCUUUUCUACACACACAAUUUGAUAAAUAAUGGCCCUGGUGUGGGAUGAGUCUAUCGAAGAGAAGGUCUCCAUGUUCCAGAGACUAUAAACAAGGCGGGAGUGUAUUGAGACUUAGUUAUUUCUUUGUCUGAGCCUCUGGCUGUAAUCUGGGUGUAAUCAGCUUAGCCCACUGCUCCUCUGACCACUGCUGGGUGGGCACUUUCUGUCCUCUGGGGUUUAGUUCAGCCAUCACUCUCACUAACUUGUACACCUGUUUAAGUGUUUUCAGAGGACAGGCGCUGUCAGCUCUGAGGUCGAGAAGUGUCUGGAGGGAGCUGCCCCGGUAAUGGCGGAGCAUCAAGGUGUGGGAUUUGCUGCUGCCAGCGCAUAUCCCAAAAAGAUUCUGGAAUAUAUGGAAGGUUUCCUUAUCUCAAAGGCGUUGUUCACAUCCUGCGAGCUGGGUGUGUUUGACGUGUUGCUGAGUGCAGAGCGCCCCCUGUCGGCUGAGGAGAUCUGUCAGGCAGUUGGAGCCAGUCUGGAUGGCACCCAGAGGCUGCUGGCAGCCUGCACCGGCCUGCAGCUGCUCAGUGCACACCACAGCAACGGGCGCAUGUUUUACAGUAACACAGAGCAGGCCAGUGUCUACCUGACCCGCUGUAGUCCUUUAUCCCUCUACCACUCCAUCCAGUACACCUCCAAAUCCAUCUACCUGUGUUGGCACUACUUGACUGAUGCCAUCAGAGAGGGGAGAAACCAGUAUGAAAAAGCAUUUGGAGUCAGCUCUGAGGACCUAUUUAAAGCUUUGUACAGGUCUGAUGAGGAGGUCGUGAAAUUUAUGCACUUGAUGAACUCCAUUUGGAACAUCUGUGGAAGAGAUGUGAUCACAGCCUUUGACCUUUCACCUUUUAAGGUCAUCUGCGACCUUGGAGGCUGCAGCGGGGCGUUAGCCAAGCACUGCACGUCAGCUUACCCAGAAUGCACUGUGACGAUCUUUGACCUCCCCAAGGUGGUACACACGUCAAGGGAAUACUUUGUUACCGAGCCCAACAGCAGGAUAAAUUUCCACGAAGGGGACUUCUUCAAAGACCUCCUGCCAGAAGCUGACCUCUACAUCCUCGCCAGGAUCGUCCACGACUGGACAGACCAAUGCUGCAUCGAGCUGCUCAGCAGAGUACACAAAGCCUGCAAACCAGGGGGCGCCGUGUUAUUGGUGGAGGCAUUGCUCCACGAGGAUGGUUCUGGCCCGCUGACUGUGCAGCUGUACUCCCUGAACAUGCUGGUGCAAACAGAGGGUCGGGAGAGGACAGCUGCUCAAUACGCCGCCCUGCUGGCUGCUGCCGGCUUUACAGACAUCCAUCACCGGCUCACUGGCAAGAUCUAUGACGCAGUUCUCGGACACAAAGCGACAUCAAACUAAAAAAUUAAGCUUCUGUUGUGUGUGUAUAGUACCAGAAAUUAUAUUCAGUUUUACUUUUUUGUCUUGUUUCUCUGAUAAUUCUGAGUCAGAAUGUGCGCAAAACAUUUUUAGCCAUCCAUUUUCUAAACCUGUUUAUUCCAAUUAGUC